AGAAUUUCUAAAAAAGGAAAACAAGGCCAAAAAAAACGAGUUGCAGCAAUCGUAUUUGAUGUUCAAGAUGCUGGAAUGAAGCCCUACAUGCAUUUAGCAUGCAGUGAUCCUUUAACGCAAGUCAGAAAUUCGUCGGGUAAAAGCAACCGGAAAUAGCAUGAUGGUGCAAAACCGCUUUCACAUACUUUUAGCCACAACCAUGGCUGGCGUUGUCUUCCUUCUAGUGCUGUCUUCACGGUUCUCAUUUAAGGGUAGGAAAUCCCCAAAUGGAUCCGAAACUGGUUAAAGCAUCGAAUGUAAAGAACAACUCAUUAAUUCAUCGAUUCUUGAGCAAAAACUCAUGUCAUUCCUAUUUGGAAAACGUCGCGCUAAUCAUUAUUUACCACUACCCUUAUUAUGAUAGUUUCCCGCUUCUUCGGUCAUUUUACGAAAAUGGCUUCCGGAAAAUUAUCGCGUGUGGUCCAAAAGCGGACGAAACGAUCAGAGUACUGCAGGUCAGUCACGAGAGAGGCUUCUGGGGUUACGAGUGCAUUGGGAAGGCAGCCCGAUUACAUCCGGGCUACGAGGGAUACUUACAAAUUCACGACGACUCUCUCUUCCUUUGGUGGAAUGUCCUCGGCGUAGACAAAGACAAGAUGUGGAAGUUUGACCAAUUGAAAUUCACAAAUGCAAUACUAGGAGGUCCUAUUCCCCAAGGUUGGGGGUGGAAAAAGGAUGAUAUUCUUAACAGAACAGCCGUUGCUUUCAGUGAGCUACGCAAGUCUUCCUUUUUGUGGAUCAACCAGAGCUUCUCAAUCUUUUACAAAAACACUGGAGGCAUUGACUCGAUACCAACUUCUCUAUCAGAUGCAUGGUAUGUACCUGGACGCCUGUCAAAACAACUUGGAUACUUAUCUUCUGUUUUCUUCAAACAUAAAAUUCACUUGGAAGCUGCCGUGCCAACAAUGAUAUGUCUUCUGGACUAUCUGCCGAAUGUCCUCACUCCAGAAGGGAUUUACUUGUCCAAAAAAACCGGUUACACUCCUGACAGAGAUAGCGCGCUUACAUUCUGGAAGGAAUUUCGUAAGAAUAUCACAUUUUUACACCCGUUCAAGCUUCAUGGUGAUCCCACUGGACUAAACAGGAAUAUACUUGCUGAGCUAAUUAUCCCAUACGCCCAGAUGCUUUGCUAUAAGAAUGAACAGGCAGGAAGGGUUCAAGAAUAUCGGUAAAAGAUUAGGAAAAAUACGGCAUCAUUCGCGCCGAGUACCAAAGCACACUAUUUGCUAGUAAAAAAAAAAUCAUUUAGGCUAAGGCUUAAAUUUGGAGCAUUUUAAGGCUGAAAUUGUUCUUAAGGCUGUAAGUUUCAGUGUAUACACAAAUAAUACCGAGUGAAUUAAUGGUAGAUAAGGGUUGUUAAUAAGAUCUUUUGAUAGUGCUUCAUACAACCCUUCGGUUAGCCUUGGCUUGACCUCAACAACGUCAUCGUACACGUCACACGCCUUGUUGACAUGGCAACGUCUCGUUUUGCAUUUCACGGUUGUCGUAGAUAUUGGAGGAGCCCCUCCUCUCGGCAAUCAGGUUUUUGAGAUGACGACUGCUGCCUGGCGGUUUUGCGAGAGCUCUGUCGUACACAGGAUUAGCUAUACAAAACAAAACACCGAUAAAUUGAUUGAAGCCUCGAUCAAACCGAGAUUAGAGUUGAUAAGAAUAGAUAAGAGUUCCAA